CUGCAAUGUGCUCAGCAGCAGCGAGAUGGAGGCGCCUCUGGAUCUCGUAUGCAUAUAAAUUAUAACCUGCUCGUCUUCUGGCAACUGCAGCUUCAGCCAAAGCCUCAAGGCUCAAGGCUCAAGCAAGACUCGUUUGUCAGUUUUCUUGCUGAAUCACAGCAGCGACAGUGACGGAUAUAAAACAUUAGCUUUACAGCAUUCAUUCUGCAUACUGCCAGUUCCUUUUCAACCCUGCAAACCAUAAAGCUUGAGCUCUUUGGGUGCACUUUGCAGCUGUUUGAGCUCUUCCUCUCAGCGAAUUCUUGAAUCGUCUUUCCUACAACACCUUGCAAUGGCGCCACCAGCUCCAUAUGCUGCUGUGCACGCAACGCCCAACGGCCCUGGCGAUGCCCGCCCGACCGCAAUGGCAAUCAUCAAGGACGAGGGCCUCGUUGGUAAGCUCAAGGACAAAGUGAUCCUGAUCACUGGGUGCUCGUCUGGCAUUGGCGUGGAAACUGCGCGGGCUUUGCAUGCGACUGGCGCGCACCUGUUUCUCACAGUGCGCAAUGUGGGAAAGGGGGAGAAGGUGGUGCAGGACAUUGUGGAGACUGAUAAAAGCGGGAGCGGAGGGAAGGUUGAGCUGCUCCGGUUGGAGCUGGAUUCGCUGGCGUCGGUGCGCGCAGCGGCUGCGGAGUUUCUGAGCAGGAGCAAGAAGCUGAACGUGCUCAUCAACAAUGCUGGCAUCAUGGCCUGCCCCGAGGGCCAAACCCAGGACGGUUUCGAGACCCAGUUCGGCACCAACCACUUGGGCCACUUCCUGCUCUUCCAGCUCCUCAAGCCCCUCCUGCUGACGUCAUCCACCCCCGAGUUCCAGUCCCGCGUCGUCUCGCUCUCGUCCACCGGUCACGGCUUCUCGGGCAUCCACUUCGACGACCUGGACCUGAAGAAGGCGGGCUACCAGAAGUGGGUGGCAUACGGCCAGGCCAAGACGGCCAACAUCUACCUCGCGACCGAAAUCGAGAGGCGGUACGGAGCGCAGGGAUUGCAUGCGACGGCUGCGCACCCGGGGGGGAUCAUUUCGACGGGUCUCGCUCGCCACAUGGAGCCUGAAGAAGUCGACUCGUUCCUGUCACCGGAGUGGCAGAAGAAGAUGAAGGACGUCGAGCAGGGAGCAGCGACGACUGUCUGGGCCGCGGUCGGCAAGGAGUGGGAGGGCAAGGGGGGAAAGUAUUUGGAGAACGUCAGCGAGUCUGCGAAGCCCAAGGACGAAGCGGAUCCCUUUUCAGACGGGUACGCAAAACACGCAUACGAUGCGGAGGCGGCCAAAAAGCUCUGGGCGGUGUCUCUCGAGUUGGUGGGUAUGGAGGACGAUGACAACGUGUAAAUAGGUGCGGCUUAUGACAGGGAAAAGACCAACGCUUCGCAGCUGAGGAUGUAAUGAGAUUCGUCUGUAGCUCGGAUAGCUUUGAGUGUGCGAGCGCGCCCGGUCCUUUCAGAUGUGAACAAGGGGAGUUGCAAAGCUGCGAUUUCCGCAAACUUAGCGCUGAAGUCAAAAGCUCUCUGGACGUUCUUUUGAGAGUGUACGUCAAAGCAGAUUGAAUAGUACGUCAACGUAGAUUGGAUAGUGUGACGCUAGCUCGAUUUUGAACUGUCAGACCUGACAAUCUUGAGUCAAAGAAGUCUGGGAACAUGAUAUAUAUGCAAGACCAUGAGCCGGGCAACGCU